AUGUCCUUACCGCGGCCGGGCAGGAGCAGGUUGUCCUUUGUGCCAAAGUGCUGGUCGCUGCACGACACGGCCACGCCGCCGUUCUGGGCCGCGGCCAGGUCCAGGACGGCGGCCGGGUCGGCGGGGAAAACGGGGGCGGCGCGGCCGAAGAGGCGGAAGCGCGCGAUGCCGCCGUCCGGGUACAUGUUGAGCCGCACGUGGGUGUACUUUUUCCCCGUCGGGCUUUCGAGCCGCCAGCCGAAGCGGCUGCUGGGCCCGCACUCCUGCAGGCCCAGGACCGUCUCCCAGCCGCCGCGGGUGCCGGCCCAGGAGGCCACCUCGGCGUCGGCUCCGGAUUCGGGCCGGAAGCAGGCCUCGACCGAGACUGCGGGGGCGUGGUUGCCCGAGAAGAAGGCGGUGUCGACCUCGACGCCCUCGACGGUGCCCGAGGCCACGCCCAGGCGGAUGACGACCCAGUCGAAGGCGGCCUGGUUGUGCCGGCGCGUCUCCCAGCCGUCGUACCACGCGCCCGUGUACACCAUCUUGCCGGGCUGGCGCACGGGCGGGGUCGGGGUCAGGAGGUUGGCCGCCUCGGCGAACCACUCGUCUGAGAAGGCCAGGACCUUGCCGCCCAUUGCGGCCGAGAUGAGGUCUUUAGGAGGGGGUUAG